GCCCCCAGCCCCGCCCCUUCACAGUGUGUCCCGGGCUGCAGAGCAGCGAGGAGUAAAGCGCCGAGGCUGACCGGGAUCCGCAUCACCAGCCGGUGACUGCACGAGGAGCUGCCCGCCUGCCUGCCCGAGCCAGCCAGACACAGCCCGCACCGCGACCUGACUGACCCCGCCCGGCGACGGCAUGGCGGACCGGGAACAGCUGCUGCAGAGAGCCCGCUUGGCGGAGCAGGCGGAGAGAUACGAGGACAUGGCAGCGGCUAUGAGAUCGGUAACAGAACUUAAUGAACCUCUGUCUAAUGAAGAUCGGAACUUGCUGUCUGUAGCAUACAAGAACGUAGUGGGCGCUCGACGAUCUUCCUGGCGAGUCAUCAGCAGCAUCGAGCAGAAGACUUUAGCAGAUGGCAAUGAAAAGAAGCUUGAAAAAGUGAAGGCCUACAGGGAGAAAAUUGAGGCUGAGCUUGAAGGAGUAUGCAGUGAAGUGCUGUCUCUUCUAGACAAGUACCUCAUCAAAAACUGCAAUGAUUUUCAGUACGAGAGCAAAGUUUUCUAUUUGAAGAUGAAGGGCGACUACUACCGCUACUUGUCAGAGGUAGGUAAUGGAGAGAGGAAGAAAACUGUGACAGAUUCAUCAGAGGCUGCAUAUAAGGAAGCCUUUGAAAUAAGCAAGGAGCACAUGCAGCCCACACAUCCCAUUCGCCUCGGCUUGGCCCUCAACUUCUCUGUUUUCUACUACGAGAUACAGGGUACUCCAGAGCAGGCCUGUCUCCUUGCCAAGCAGGCCUUCGAUGAUGCAAUUGCAGAGCUGGACACACUAAAUGAAGACUCCUACAAGGACUCCACCCUCAUUAUGCAGCUGCUGCGUGACAACCUGACCUUGUGGACAAGUGACCAACAGGAUGAGGAGACCGGAGAAGGCAACAAUUAAGAGAGGGUCCUGCGUCUUGCUGCUACCCAGUUACCUAUCCACUCCCCAUCAACACCUGCCACCCCCCACAGCUCCUCCUGACAUGUCCCUGUGCUUAUCAUAUCCAUAUCAUUGGCACAACUGCUCAUACUGCUGCCUACCCGCGAAGGCGGGUUUUUGCGGCGUCCUCAUGGGCAUUGCUGGAUUGCGUUGGCACAUCAGCAGUUUCUCUGGUCACUCUCUCCGUAUAGAGGGGAAAGAAAGCUGCAGUUUGAGAGAGGCGCCCGCACUCUCCUUAUUGAUAGGGCAUGUACGGGCUGGAAUGAUGCGAAGUGGUCCCGUUUUAUUCUGUUAAAGUUUUUAAUUUCUAUUUGUGCAGCAUUUCCUGUGCAUGUAAAAUUACUCCCCACUAUUUAUCCCCCUUCGUUUCAUGAAGGAGGCGUCUCCACAGUUCAUGCUGUGACUGAUGGCGGCUCCAUUAGGAGGCGGGGUGCAUCUGUUUUUUUUCUUCUUCUUGGGCUUACAAUAGACUUUUUUUUUUUUUUUUUUUUUUUUUUUUUUAAAUGUGAGCUUUGUGAGUUUUUAUAUUUUGCCCUUAACUUAUGGUGUUCUUAAACCUGAUACCAAAUGGUUUGAUUCCCUAAUUUCUUUUUUUAAUU